CGUCAACGUGAAAGAGGCGUCCCCCAAGCCUUUCUCCGCAAUAUUCCUCCUCCUCCGCCUCCCCGCAGUCCUCAUCCUCGCCUCUCCUCCCCCCCUCCCUCUCGCCUCCGUCCGUUUCACAUUCGACGAAUCUCAAUCUCGUGCUACCGUCGAUCCGACCCUAGGAGUACCACGUCCUCUCAAACUCUACUGCGCCGCAAACAACGGGUGACUCCGCACGCCGCAUACUACCUCAAUACCUCUGCCCGAGACACAAGCGGGCGGCCUGAACCGACUCCGGUCAACAAACACCGCGCCGCGAACACGACUCUUUCACCUCUUCUCCGGCUUUCAUAUGAGCAGCCGCUUCCCCGCGACCUGCUCCCCAUAUCCAUAGCCACCUACCUACGGAUUACACCGUCACCACCACACCCACCCCACCCACUCACCACCAUGCCGACCACGACCAACCAACGGCCCUUCUUCUCCAACUUCCUCGCCGCCUUCCGCGCGCAAUCAGCAUUCCAAAAAGCAGCGUCGCCGCCCUCAUCCGCACAGCAGCAGCCCUCGUACGCAACAGCAGCAGCAGGAGGAGCAGCCUCACCGCCGUCGUCAAGCUCGUCCAGCUCCUCCGCCUCCGCCUCCCCAUACGACACGGACACGUCCUCGGCCCCGGCCGGCCCGCGCAACAUCCACAGCAAGCCGCACCACAGCAGCGCCACGGCGCACUUCCAGCCGACAACGACGACGCGCCCGCACCACGCAACUGCAGCCGCGUACGCCAAGUCGCCGGGCUCGCCCGCCCACACCAGCCAUGCCACGCACAGCGCCGCCAACAACAACAGCUACGCCAGCCCGGCCUCGCCCGCCUCGCCUCCCUUCCCCAUCCCCCACGCAAAGCAGCGCCGCGGCUCCGACAGCUCCUCCGACGGCGGCUUCCGCGAGCGCGUCUCCAGCGCGGCCGGCCCCGGCGCUGCCCCGGAGAAGUGGUAUAUAGGCGGCCGGACGGCGACGGGCGAGGAGCGCUUCUACAAGCUGGGCAUGGUGAAGCGCGCGCGCAGUAUUGAUCGCUUGAGCUUGGACCGCCUGAGCUUGUAGCCUGAGGUCUGUACUGUGUGCGCUGCAGUUGCUGUGGAGUUGGGCAUGGAAUGCGCCCUGCCUGCUCGAGCGGCGCGUCUCGUGCCGUGCAAGUGAGCCGUGGCGAGGGCCAGAUGCCCCCAAGCUUUCAGAGGACAUCACCACCA